AGUGUCACAUUGAUGACGUGUACUUACGGGUCCUUCUGACUUCCGGGUCUGGAUAAAUAGACUGCAACGGAGCUGUCUCACCUAAAAGAUGUCCAAAGUAACAUUUAAAAUCACCCUCACGUCGGACCCCCGGCUGCCAUACAAAGUAUUAAGUGUCCCAGAAAGCACACCUUUCACAGCGGUUUUAAAGUUUGCUGCUGAAGAGUUCAAAGUGCCAUCAGCAACAAGUGCCAUUAUAACAAAUGAUGGAAUAGGAAUCAACCCUGCCCAGACUGCAGGGAACGUGUUUCUAAAGCACGGCUCGGAGCUUCGCAUCAUUCCCAGAGACAGAGUGGGAGGACAAGGAGACUGACUUAUGCAGCAUUUCCCUGUCGAUGGCAUAAUGACUCACACCACAGAAACACACUUACGACCCAGGAAACACCGCAGCAUGUUUCAUAUUUAUUUUUUGAGCCCACACAACUGACAGUGACUCACAUGAGAAUAUGCAAGUUUAAAGUUACUGGUGACACAAGAGUUGAGAAGUUAUCAAGCAGGAGCUAAGGUUUGGAGUAACGACGAGAGAAAUUACCUGAAAUGUUGAGUAAUAAUUCUAAGCAAGGCAGAUUUAGAAUAACUUUUGUAUUAUUUUACGUUCCCAACAAACAUUAAAUACGUAAACAAAACAUCUUUUUUUAUUGCUUACUUUAGUUUAACCUGCAUUGUAAAUAUGGCAGAGUAGCAAAUCAUUUUUUUUGUUUUUUUUAAUAAUUGUAAUUAGAUUAUUUUAUUGAAUCUUGUUACUUUGCUGAUGAAUAUAAUUAGGUGGCUCACAUUAUUUCUUUCUGUAAAGCUCCUAUCUGUACUACUUGCAGUACUGAUGUGUUCUGAACUUGUGCUGUGGACCCAGUGGAAACAUCUUAUGAGCAAAUAAAACUAUCAAAUUGAAUUCUGCAAACA